AUGGAAUCGUAUGAUGAGAACGAGACUGCCUCAGCCGCCGGCACUGCGUCUGCUGUUGGCGAGGCCUCCGCCGCCGAAGCCACUUCUGUGGUCGGUUCCAACACUGAUGACAUGCCUGUCCAGGGCGUGCUUUCUGGUGUCGGACCCACCGUUGAGACUGCUAAGCAGGUUGCCCGUGAGAAGGGCUGGACUGAUCCAGUUCCCUUUGAAUAUGACGAACUUGCUAAUACCAAGGACCACCGUGAUUGGGCUGGAGUUGCUGCCCGUUAUGAGUGGAAGGACGAAUAUGGUGAUGUCGGCCCUGCCGUCCCCGAAUUGGAGGAGCAGCUUUUCGGUAGCGACCUGAUCAUUCGCGUUGGUGCUAAGAUCGACGAGCUCAACAGCUACAAGGUCAACAUCGAUAGUCCCAACGAGAUCAAGGCCGUUACCGAGUGGAAAAAUUUUGGCCUGCACCCAGUCAUGCUUGACAACAUUCGUCUCUGUGGGUACGAGCAACCCACCGCGGUGCAAUCUUAUGCGAUCCCGGCUGUUCUGAACAAUCUUGAUAUUAUUGCGGUGGCCCAAACUGGCUCUGGAAAGACUGGGGCUUUCCUCAUUCCUAUUCUUUCCAAGUUGAUGGGCAAGGCUCGAAAGCUGGCUGCUCCUCGCCCAAACACCACGGAAAGAUUCAAUCCAAGGGAGGAUGCUGUUCGCGGAGAGCCUUUGGUUCUGAUCGUCUGUCCCACUCGGGAAUUGGCCACUCAGAUAUUUGAUGAAACACGUCGUUUAUGCUAUCGCUCCAUGCUGCGCCCAUGUGUCGUUUAUGGCGGUGCUCCGCCUCGUCAGCAGCGGGAGGAGCUUCAGAAAGGAUGUGACAUCCUGAUUGCAACUCCUGGUCGCCUUAUUGAUUUCAUGGCGCAGACUCACGUUCUUUCUCUCCGCCGCGUUCGGUACACGGUCGUUGAUGAGGCUGAUGAGAUGCUUGAGCAGGACUGGGAGGCGGAGUUCAAGAAGAUCAUGUCUGGAGGAGAUAUGAACGAGGACGACGACCAUCGCUACCUAAUGUUCUCUGCUACCUUCAAAAAGGAAUUCCGCACAAUGGCAAAGCAAUACCUCAACCAGAAUCAUGUGCGCCUCCGCUUUGGCCGAGCCGGCAGUUCGCACCACAAUGUUGUGCAGGAUAUCGUCUGGGUUGAUAGGGACAAGAAGAUGCGCGCAAUCUACGACCUGCUGAUCAGCAUGCCGCCAGUUCGCACCUUGAUAUUCGUCAACAGCAAGGAGCAGGCUGACUUCGUUGAUGAUUACCUCUACAACUCUGGAAUGCCCACCACUUCAAUCCACAGUGGACGGACUCAACUUGAACGCGAGGAUGCUAUCCGUGCUUUCCGAUCUGCCAAGUGCCCUAUCCUGAUCGCCACCGGUGUCUCUGCUCGUGGAUUGGAUGUGAUCAAUGUUCUCCACGUCGUUAACUACGACCUCCCGAGCAGUAUGCACGGAGGUAUCACCGAAUACAUUCACCGUAUUGGCCGUACCGCUCGCAUUGGUAACGAAGGCAUCGCGACCUCCUUUUACAAUGAGCGCGAUGAGGAUCUUGCCUCCGAUCUUGUCAAGAUCCUGAUCGAAUGCAAGCAAAAGAUCCCAGAAUUCCUCGACGAGUACCGCCCUGAGGGUGAUUUACUAGAGUUUGACGAUGACUCGGACAAGGACUUCUUUGAUAACGCAUCCAAGGCUGGCUCUAAUGCUGGCUCUGAUGCCGACGCCGAGGCUGAAGCUGGAUCUGGUGUUGCCGUGGAGACUGAAAAUGUGGCUGCAACCGAUGACGAAGAUGCCAACGAGGAGCCCGUCCAUGAUGACCCUACUGACGACGAGCCCGCUGUUCCCGCGCCUGGUCCCAAGCCCAAGGCCGCUUCAACAGAACGCAAGAGUGAAGUUCAUGAGGGUGAAGCUCGGACUGGGGUCUACCGUUCUGACUGGGCCCCUACUCCAUCUCCUCCUCCCAAGGAAGAAUCUUCAUUCUGGAUGUAG